GCAACCAUGGCGUCCAAGGCUCUCCUCGUUCUCGCGCUCCUGGCGUCGGCCGCCGUGCUCGCCACCGUGGCGGACCAACAAGCCCACGACAACGCCAAGGAAAAGGCGGCGACCAACGACGACGCCGGCGUGAACCACUGGCACGGCGGGGGGCACCACGGCGGAGGCGGCGGAGGCUACCGCUGCAGGUACCGCUGCUGCUACUACGGGCACCACGGGUGCGAGCGCUGCUGCGCGACACCCGACGAGGUCCCGCAGCCGCAGCUGCACAACUAGACGCAUGCGCUGGGUGGCGCAUAUGCUACCAAGUGAACGAAGAAUAAACCUGUAGUUCACAGUGUAUAUGGCUCCGGAUAAUAAUGACGUGAUGCCACAUGGUA